AAAUCUGGCAACUUACAUAUAAUCCAAAACAAGGAGCUUCUCCUUGCAUUUGAUUCGCUUCCCCGAGCUCAAAUGCAGUAAAACCUCUGUCUGUCUCUUCCAUGGCUUCCAUUUCCAGCAUCUGCUCUCCAUCUUCCACCUUCAAACCCUCCAAAACCCUACCCGGCAAGCCCUCCAUCUCUCCCACUAUCCGAGCGAGUCUCUCCCCUCGGUCUGAUCGCCUCUUCCAUCUCCGCCCAUUGCAAUCCGUCGCCAAGGACAUCCCGGCUGAUCUAUCGACGGCCGGAUCUGUUUCAGUCGAGAAAAAGGGGCUAGAGAACGAUCCUUUCGCCCUCUGGCGGCGGUAUGUCGAUUGGCUCUACCAGCACAAGGAUCUCGGCCUUCUUCUCGAUGUGAGCCGAAUAGGGUUUUCGGAGGAGUUCGUGGAGCGGAUGGAUCCCCAGUUCCAGAAGGCCUUCCGGCACAUGCAGGAGCUCGAGCGGGGUUCAAUUGCUAAUCCUGAUGAGGGAAGAAUGGUGGGGCAUUACUGGCUGAGGAGUCCACGGAAGGCGCCCAACUCUUUUUUGAGGGUUCAGAUUGAGAAGACGCUGGAGGCAGUGUGUAAGUUUGCUGAGGAUGUUAUUGGUGGUAAGAUUAAGCCUCCAUCAUCUCCAGCUGGUCGCUUUACCCAAGUGCUCUCUGUGGGGAUUGGAGGUUCAGCUCUGGGUCCACAAUUUGUUGCAGAGGCAUUAGCUCCUGAUAAUCCUCCUCUCAAGAUCAGAUUUAUUGACAAUACAGAUCCUGCUGGAAUCGAUCAUCAAAUUGCACAGCUUGGAGAUGAGCUGGCUUCUACUCUUGUCAUUGUGAUUUCGAAGAGUGGAGGCACCCCUGAAACUCGAAACGGUUUAUUGGAAGUACAGAAGGCUUUUCGAGAAGCUGGCCUGGAUUUCUCAAAACAGGGUGUUGCUAUUACACAAGAGAAUUCUCUGUUAGACAAUACAGCAAGAAUUGAGGGUUGGGUUGCAAGAUUUCCAAUGUUUGACUGGGUUGGCGGUAGAACCUCCGAAAUGUCUGCUGUUGGUUUGCUUCCAGCAGCACUCCAGGGAAUUGAUGUCAAAGAGAUGCUUGCUGGUGCAGCUUUGAUGGAUGAGGCAAAUCGGACCACUGUGGUGAAGAAUAAUCCCGCCGCCUUACUAGCUCUAAGCUGGUAUUGGGCUUCUGAUGGAGUGGGAUCCAAGGAUAUGGUUGUACUUCCUUACAAGGAUAGCCUGCUACUAUUCAGUAGAUAUUUGCAGCAGUUGGUCAUGGAGUCACUUGGCAAGGAGUUUGACUUGGAUGGGAAUCGGGUUAAUCAAGGACUUACUGUCUAUGGAAAUAAGGGGAGCACAGAUCAACAUGCAUAUAUUCAACAGCUGAGGGAGGGGGUACACAAUUUCUUUGUUACCUUCAUUGAAGUAUUGCGCGAUAGGCCUCCAGGUCAUGAUUGGGAGCUUGAACCAGGCGUUACAUGUGGUGAUUACCUGUUCGGAAUGCUACAGGGAACACGAUCUGCACUUUAUGCAAAUAACCGUGAAUCCAUUACAGUCACUGUGCAAGAAGUAACUCCGAGAUCAGUGGGGGCACUAGUAGCCCUGUAUGAGAGAGCUGUUGGAAUCUACGCAUCUCUAGUCAACAUUAAUGCUUACCAUCAGCCUGGUGUUGAAGCUGGAAAGAAGGCAGCGGGAGAGGUAUUAGCUCUUCAGAAGAGGGUCCUGUCUGUUCUGAACGAGGCCAGCUGCAAGGAGCCCGUUGAACCACUGACAUUAGACGAAAUUGCAGAUCGUUGCCAUGCUCCCGAACAAAUUGAAAUGAUUUACAAAAUUGUUGCCCAUAUGUCAGCAAACGACAGAGCACUCAUAGCUGAGGGCAGUUGUGGGUCCCCUCGAAGCCUCAAAGUUUUCCUCGGAGAGUGUAUUGUCGAUGAAUUGUAUGCAUAAACUUGUCAAAUUCAGCUUUCGUGUGCUACCACAACAAUGCUUUGGUUGUGGUAAUAAGAAGAGCUUCAAUGGCUUGAGCCUUGAACUAUCUGUGAAACAUCUAGGCAUGGAUUUGAGGAUUCAGAUUGCCCAGAAUCCCUCCGAUGAAGGGUUUCAUUCAAAGAAAAAUAAAAAAGAAGUUUUGGGUCU